ACCCCACGGGACGAGAGCGAGCUCCGCACACGCCGCCCACCACCGCCCCCAAUGGAGGAGCGAGCCGGAGCGCGCAGGCGCAGCAGGAGCCCUCCCAUGGCCCUGCUCCUCCUCCUCCUGCUCUCCGCAUGCUCCUCUGCCGCCUCCGGGGCUCCCGUGUUGGGCGAGGACUACGUCCGGCCUCCGCCGGCGCCCCGGCGCUGCGGCGUCCACAGGAAGGCCCUCCUCAGCCUCUUCCCUUGGAGCAAGAAGAAGGCCUCCUCUUCGGCCUCCGAUCCGCAGCAGGUGCACAUUUCACUAGCUGGAGCAAAGCACAUGAGAGUUACAUUUAUCACUGAUGAUAACUCUGUCCCCUCAGUUGUAGACUAUGGAACUGAAGCAGGCACAUACACAUCAACAUCUCAAGGAGAAAGCACAUCAUACAGCUAUUUAAUGUAUAGCUCAGGAAAGAUCCACCAUGUUGUUAUUGGACCUCUUAAUGACAACACAGUUUACUACUAUCAAUGUGGAGGGCAUGGUCCGGAGUUCCAAUUUAAGACACCACCCUCCCAAUUUCCCUUGUCAUUGGCUGUUGUAGGUGAUCUGGGGCAGACCAGUUGGACAACUUCAACACUUAAUCAUAUUAAACAGUGUGAACAUGAUAUGCUUUUACUCCCUGGUGAUCUCUCCUAUGCUGAUUAUAUGCAACAUUUGUGGGACUCUUUUGGUACGUUGGUGGAACCACUUGCUAGCACCAGGCCCUGGAUGGUAACAGAAGGAAACCAUGAGAAGGAAAAUAUACUGUUUUUUAAGUCUGGAUUUCAAUCAUACAAUGCACGAUGGAAGAUGCCUUAUGAAGAAAGUGGAUCCACAUCAAACCUCUACUACUCCUUUGAAGUUGCAGGGGUGCAUGCUAUAAUGCUAGGUUCUUAUACAGAUUACGAUGAAAGUUCAGAUCAGUACGCUUGGCUCAAGGCUGAUCUAGCUAAGAUAGAUAGGAAGAGAACGCCAUGGGUCAUCAUAUUGUUGCAUGCACCAUGGUAUAAUAGCAAUUGGGCCCAUCAGGGCGAAGGUGACAGUAUGAUGGCUGCAAUGGAGCCUUUGCUCUAUGCUGCUCAUGUGGAUAUUGUAAUCGCAGGUCAUGUGCAUGCUUAUGAACGAGCGAAGCGAGUCUACAAGGGGGGGAUUGAUCCUUGUGGGGCUGUUCACAUAACAAUUGGGGAUGGGGGAAACCGAGAAGGCUUGGCCCACAGGUACCGAAAUCCAAAACCAACCUGGUCAGUCUUCCGGGAAGCAAGUUUUGGGCAUGGUGAGCUAAAGAUAGUCAAUGCUACACAUGCCCACUGGACUUGGCACAGGAAUGAUGACGAAGAACCAGUGAGAACGGAUGAUGCGUGGAUAAACUCACUGGCAGGUUCUGGGUGCAUCCAGGAUGGUAGCCAUGAGUACAGGAAAAUUCUGAUGUCCCCUUGAAAAUUCUGAGAAGUUCAUGCCAUGUAUAAUGUAUUGUAUAUAUGUGUACGACAUGCUGAAACAAAGUGUAAGAAGCUUAUAACCGUAUUUGAGCAUUGGCUAAUCUGAAGAUACUGUAGCUUGUGCGAGAUAUUUCUGUAUGUAUGCGACAAGGUUGUCGCAAAGUGAAUGACAUUCAGUAAUGUUUACAGCUGAUUUUGCCA